AAGUUUAUAUAUAACAAGAGUUGUGAUUACCCAGUGAUUUGUAUCGUGACCGAGCUUUUGAGCGGACUGUUUACGAUUAACCUUAAGUAGUUGUACACAAUGAGUGCCAUUUUAAAUACGUUUAUUUUAUUAACGCAAGUCCUAGUUAUAUUUGCAGCGUUACCACCGAUCCAAAAAUGCCAGUUAUCUGAUCCAGAAUGUAUCAAAAAGUCUGCCCAGAGUUUCGUAGAAACAUUUACCGCUGGGAUCCCAGAGGUGGGCACUGAAGUUUUGGAGCCAGUGCACAUUGACGUCAUCAAGAUCGACCUGUCUGGCCUGAAGCUGACUGUCAGAGAUGCUGACAUUAAAGGACUCAAGAAAUCCGUGAUUGAUAAACUUAAGGUGGACACAGCGAAGAAAGUCAUCGAGCUGACCUACCAUGUGGCUCCUAUUGUGUUGAAGGGCAAGUACAAAGCUGGUGGUAUGUUGCUCAUCCUACCCAUCAGUGGAGACGGAGAUGUUACUAUCAAAAUCAAAAAUCUCGGAGUCACUCUGACUAUGCCAUACGACAUCGUUAAAAAUGAUCAAGGCAAGGACGUCAUCGAAUUGAAGAGUUACAAAUACACAUACGAGAACAAUGAAAACACUCACUUUAAACUGACCAACCUGUUCAAUGGAAACAAACAAUUGAGUGACGCCAUGCAUACAUUCAUGAAUGACAACUGGAAAGCGAUUUCCCAGGAAUUUGGUAACCCUAUGUUGGACAAACCAAUUCAAAAGAUAUACACCGCCAUCAAGAUUUUCCUGAAGUCUCAGCCCUUAGAAGAAAUAGCUGUUGUUUAAGUUGUUGCCAAAUAUUAAUUUAUGCUUAGUUCUACGUACGUGGUUUAGGAAUUGAUUCGUGUUUCUUUUUUAAUAAAAACAAAGUUGUAGAUGUUU